UGCGCGCGCACAUAUAUGUCUGUCUUAUAGAGAAAGAGGAAGACUGCCAGCACCAAGCCAGAAAGGUUAGAGGUUAGGCAGAGCUGCUAUCAGUCUCUGUGAAAAAAGGUGGAAAAUUGAGAGCUUGCUCGCCAAAGCUCAGGCUCCCAAACAGACAUUUGAAACAGCAAGAAGCGAAAAUCAAAUGAGAGGCUGGACAGCUGCCUUACCUGUGUUCCCAGGCCACAGCACACAGUGAAAAGUUGAAGAAGAAGAGAGAGAGAGAGAGCGAGAGAGAGAGAGAGAGAGAAAAGAGAGUUGACACUUGGGAGCACAGAAGAAAGCAGAUCUGGAGAGGAGCUGUGAUGGAAAACCUGGCUGUCUACCAUGGACCCAUUGGCAAGGAAGAAGGGGAAAGGCGACUGGCCCAGGACGGCCGGGAUGGGUGCUACUUAGUGCGCAACAGUGACUCGGUGCCGGGUGUCUACUGCUUGUGUGUGCUGUGCAGUGGAUACGUCUACACAUACAGACUGCACAGGGACGACGCAGGCUCAUGGGCUGCAGAAACCACUCCUGGUGUGCAGAAACGAUAUUUCCGGCGAAUCAAGAACUUGAUAGCAGCUUUCCAGAAGCCUGGACAAGGAAUUGCCAUGCCUCUGCUCUACCCUGUCACCGCUCAGAGUCGAGCACAAACACACACAGAGGCGCAGACGCCCAGUAAUAGCCUGUCGCAGACACACAGCAGUCCAAACCCUUGCUUCCAGCAGCAGCAGCAGCCGGUGCCACCACAUGCUACUCAGGGACAAAAAAACAGGAACAAGAAGGAGGUGCGACAAGCUUUUGGUUAGGGGCAAACCCUUAGCUCACCAUUGACCUAAUUAUAAACAAAAAUAGUGUCUUUGCGUGAUGCUACUGUUGCAUUUUGCCUGUUGCGUCUGAAGUACAUGUCAUUUUUUUUCCAAUUAAGCAGCUCCUGUUUGUUAACAUUCAAGUCAUUAAGACUGUUGCAGUGACUCAGAUCUCAGUAUCCUUCCACUCUUCUUUUUCCUCUCUGCAUAUGCGGCACAGAAAGCACCUCAUAACUUUCAGGGAUGUGAUGUAAAAUAUUCAGCUGCUCACACAUUAAUAUCCAUUACUGCAUACGCAAGUUGACAACAAAUAUUGUGCUCUGUUUUCUUAAUUCAAUUCAGUUGUGUGAAUGGCAAAGAAAAUAAAUGAUAUUGGUUGAAAUCAA